UAGCAACAGGACGCCUAACCUGCUGCAGUGCGACAACGGGGACGAAUCAGCGUCGCAGAUACCGACGGACCCAAAGAAAAACCAUUACAUGUCUGGGUAUUUAAAACCUCGACCGCCGUGUUUGUAUCGCGGCAGUGCUGCGCGCUUGUAACAAUUCCCCCGAGCAACUGGGGUUAGACCACAUACAAAUAUUUAUGCUAAAUAGUCGCUAACUAAGCGAGGUGACUUGCUAGCAACUGAAGCAUAUGCUACCUUCAGGGACUAUCGGAAACACUAAGUUGCCGAUGCAGUUGAGAUUUGAGGUUCAUCUCGUCAUUGGAAACAGCGCGUUGAUUUGCACCUCGUGAUCAUGGUGUUUUAUGAAUGUCUUAGAGAAUUGAUUGCAUUGCCAUUGUACUGAAAAAGACUUUGCAGGAUUUGCCAACUUAGCUAAAAGCGAGAAAAAUGGUUUAUGAUUGUGUAUGUCUCACAGUUUAUGUUUCUUGACCUUACGACGCCUAAUUUGAAGACGACAGCAACACCUGUCAACGCCUGAGUGACAUGUACGGCUGCUUUACUGGUGGUCGUGACACGUCGUGUGGAGCUUGUUUUACUGAGUUUACGACGAGUACGUGAAGGCAGCGGAUCCUGUCCCGCAAAGUUAGCUAGCAUUAGCAAUGGUUGCAGGUAGGAGAAGAGCGCAGCAUCAGCAGCAGCAGCAUCAUCCAUCCACAAUGACAUGAGACUGGACCCGGCUGAGUUUACUGUACUAGACGACCGGGAGGAAUAUAUCUCACUCCAGAUAAAGAUGAGCCGCUUCUGCUCGGACAACAACAACUUUCCCUAUGACAACAACGUCCUGGUUUUGGACAUGGUGCUGGGAUCUCUAUGGGGGGUGCCCCAGCCCAUAAACUGGGACAAUGUGGCCAAGCUAGUUCCAGGAUUCACUCCCAAGGAGUGUGCCCGGCGAUUUGAUGAGCUGAAGAGCACGGGGGCUUUUCCUCAUGUGGACAACCAAUGUAAUGCCCUGACAGAAGGAAGCCCCUCCCCUCCAGAUGGCCUGUCCACGCUGCUGGACAGCGGUGACAUGCUGGAGACAGGAAGCAGCCCGAGCAGCGGCAAAGUUACAGGCUCCAAGUCGACGCCCUCAGGAAGAGUCAGUUCUGUGGAAAAGAAAGAAAGAAGAGUCUCAACAGAGGAGAACGACAAACCUCAGAAGCCAAGAGAUCCCAACAUGGUCAUCCAUGUGUGUGACGAGACCAAGAACCUGAAGCAGGACUUCACGUGUCCCAGAGAUCUUCUAGUUAAAGAGAUGCGUUACUUUGCUGAGUACUUGUCCGUAGAUCCACAGAGGUGGGAGGAGGUGGAUAUUUCCGUCCACUGUGAUGUGCAGAUCUUCGACUGGCUCAUGAACUACGUCAGGAGGAACUCUGCAGGAGAGGGAAACAAGGACAAACCGCGGCUCGAGCCCAGCAAUGUGAUCUCAAUCCUGAUCUCCUCCGAGUUCUUGAAGAUGGAUACGUUAGUGGAGGAGUGCAUCCACUACUGCCACAAACACAUGAGCGCCAUCGUGGCUACACCCUGCAACAUGAACUGCAUCAACAGUAACCUGGCAACACGCAUCUCCGAACUCUUCAACCACAACGAGGCCGACGACAUCAGGGACAAAAAGGACAAGUUCAAAAGCAAAUUGUUUCAGAAGAAAAUUGAGCGUCUCUUCGAUCCAAACUACCAGAGCAGAGAUUCACCAGGAAACGCCUCCACUCUCUACAGGUGUGGUCUGUGCCUUAAGAUGCUGACCAAAGACACAGAGAGAAAAAUUUCUUGUGUUCCAGGGAAAAUCAACGUUGAUGCUCGUGGAGAAAUCAUCUAUACGCACACCAGACAGAAGAGCUGGGAUGUGCAUGAAUACAUCACGGGUCUGUAUGAGGAGCUCAAGUCCUGGGUCCUGGUCUACUGGAGAAUCUGGGGUACCAUCAACUACCUCACCUGCUUCCGCUGCCAACAGGUGUUUGUGUGUGCAGAGCUGACCCACUGUAAGUACCACCCAGACAGUGUGCUGUAUCCUGGCAUGGGAAUAGAGAAAGGCUGGCAUGGUGCAGGAAUCUACCCCUGCUGCAACCAGAGGGUUCUCCGCUUUGAUCCCACUGGUAUGCCCAAGGGCUGUAAGAUGCGAGACCACAUAGUGAACGUACCUGAUGAGGAGCACUGUGACGAGGUGACCUCAGCCCAGACCAGAGUCCUUAACGACCUGCUGCUGCACAGAGACGCAGUGUGUUUGACGAACACGCCGCCUGCAGAGAGUACUGAGGAGAUUCCGUCCAGCACAGAAAAGGUUCAGGACUGUGACGUUCUCUUGGAGCCGACACUGCUCGGACCUCUUAGAGGAGACGGCAGCACUUUUUCCCUUUUGAAAAACUGGAGUCUGCAACUGAGGCAGCAGUCUCUCCUGUCGGAGGAUGAGGAGUACACUACAGGGUCAGAGGUCACUGAAGAUGAGGUGGGAGAUGAAGAGGAGCUGUCCAAGAAACAAGCUGCUAAGAAGGCCAAGAAGGCCCACAGACCUCUGAAAAAACAAAUGUCCUCUCCAAACUUCCAACGCAAAGACAAGACAGAGAAAACUCAGACCAGGGACAACACACCUUUCACUGUGAGCGUCCAGAAAAAUAAGUGGGACAGUUCUCGCUCCCUGAGAUACAACCAGGAUGCUCAGAGGGAGGAAGACCAGCGUCGCAUGGUGGAGAUCAUCGGCCACCUGACUAAGAUGAGGUUUGGAGAUCAGGAACAGAGCAAAUCGAAGGACACAAAAGAGCCUACAGGGGGAAUCUACUCCAGACUGGAAGCGCAGUUUAAGAGUACCUCUCAAUCCAGACAGAGUUCAGAAAAGACACCCAGAUCUAAAAUGCGCUAUGCUCAAAUCCGGACAACAUAAAGGACUAAAAGGCCUCUGAGCCGAUGAAGAGACCAGCAUGAAAACUGAUGAAGAGGAGAAGGCGAGGUCUUUCUCCGAGGGCUCAGCGCAACUAAAUAACUUCCUCCUGGCAGCCUCUCUCGCACUACUAACCCAGCUGUGGACUCUGUCCUCACCCUCACCCCCCGUCAGUCCUGUGCCUCCCCACCCCCCCUCCGCUUAACUCAGGUGACUACGUAUGGAUCACCAUCGACCGCAUCCUCCUCCGUCACUCUGCUAGCUGUUUUGUUUGUGCAGCUGUGGUCACUCCUUGAAAAACAAGGAGAAGUCUGGAUCCAGCUCAGCUUUUAGGAAAGGCACUUGAACUGAUCAGCCUGUGUGUGUCUCACGGACAAGGACAACAUGAGAAAUGUUACUUUAUUCUUUUCCAACCAUCUCACCUGAAUAUCUUAUCUCAUUUAGACCCAGUAAAUCCAGUUUACUGAAGUUAAUCUGCUGGUCAAAUCAAAGGGACAGUUCACCCCAAAAUAAAUACAUAUCUCUCCUCAACUACUCUGUAUCCAUCUAGACUGAUUAGUUUUAGAGAUAUCAGCUGUUGAGAUUUUUGCCCUCAUUCAAAUAUAAUGGAACCAGAUGGCACUCGGCUUUUUGUGGUCAAAGCGCCAAAAGAAUAAAUUUGGAAACCUCAACAGCUCUGUGUGUUUCUAGAUAUCAUGACCCUGUUACUCUUGUUUUGAGCAGUUUUGUGUAGGUACUAUAUCCUUACCGUGUCAAGGAGCAGGAGGAAGUGUCAAUCUACAUAUGGGCAAGAGAUUAACUGGGUAAGAUAAUUAAGCCAGCUAACGUCACAGCUCAGCUGACGACAUUAAUAUUCACAUCAUUGCUUUCAUGAGCACCAACAUCUCCAUGAGUAGAUGCACACUUCCUUUUGUGCUGCAGUUCAGUUUGCAGAUGUAAUUUGGUGGAAGGACAAUAGUUCUGACAUGAAACUGCUUACAGCAAGGUCUGUGGAUUUUCUUUAGUAAUGGGUCACAUUUUCUGGAAAGAGACAUUUCCGUGGAGUUUUUCAAAUUAAGAAGUCAGACAUCUCUACGACGAAAUAGUACCACUGGUAAGAGGAAAAAUAUGUACAUUUGAUUCUGGGGUGAACUGUCCCUGACCAUUAGUGGUGAAGUCCAGCCAACUGGGCUAGACAGAUGCUGCACUUACUUACAAAUGUUUCCCCCAGUUCUAGUAGAGAUAUAGUUCUAGUCAUUCCUAUCUGUAUAAGGGAACUGCUCUGUAUAACACUGGGACCAAUAAAACAUGAAUGACACUGAA